CUUGCAUCAGAAUAUCCGGGUAACGUCAUCAAUCCUUACCCGGCACCUUGCACCGCUUGCAGUAGAUAUACCUCAGACUUUAUCUCUCGGUUUAAAGUAGGAUAGCUUUAAACUCCUUAUGGCUGAGAAAACUGUCGUGGAUAAAAUGAGCGAAUUACAAGUGGACGAAGGCAAAAAGGAAGGAACUGAAAGUGGUAAAGAUGGAGGAAAGAAGAAGGGUAAAAAUGCUGCUGGAGACUCUGGAGGCAGGGCUGAGCUGUCACCACAGCCUCAAUACAUUGAGGAACGUCUUACUUUGUACACAAAGCUGAAAGCAGAGCAUGAUGCUCUGAUGGCAGAAAGAGCUGCAAAGGAUAGCAAACCUAUCAAGGUUACUCUGCCUGAUGGAAAGGUUGUUGAGGCCGAGUCCUGGAAGACCACGCCGUACAACGUGGCCUGUGGCAUCAGUCAAGGCCUUGCUGACAACACGGUGAUUGCCAAAGUAAACAAUAGUGUAUGGGACCUGGACAGACCUUUAGAAGAAGACUGCAGCCUUCAGUUGCUCAAGUUUGAUGACGAGGAAGCUCAAGCUGUGUACUGGCACUCCAGUGCUCAUAUCAUGGGUGAAGCAAUGGAAAGGGUGUAUGGGGGCUGCCUCUGCUACGGUCCCCCUAUUGAGAAUGGCUUCUACUAUGACAUGUUCCUAGAAAACAAUGAGGGUGUAUCGAGCAAUGACUUCCCCUGUCUGGAGAGUUUGUGCAAGAAAAUCAUCAAGGAGAAGCAGCCGUUUGAGAGGCUCGAGAUAAAGAAGGAAACUCUCUUGGAAAUGUUCAAGUACAACACGUUUAAGUGCCGCAUUCUGAAUGAGAAAGUCACCACUCCCACUACCACAGUCUACAGAUGUGGUCCCUUAAUUGAUUUAUGCCGGGGACCUCAUGUGAGACACACUGGAAAAAUCAAGGCACUCAAGAUACACAAGAAUUCAUCCACAUACUGGGAGGGAAAGGCGGACAUGGAAACCCUCCAGAGGAUCUAUGGAAUCUCCUUUCCUGACCCCAAAAUGCUUAAAGACUGGGAAAAGUUUCAGGAGGAGGCCAAGAACAGAGAUCACCGCAAACUGGGCCGGGAGCAGGACCUGUACUUCUUCCAUGACCUGAGUCCAGGGAGCUGCUUUUUCCUGCCUAAGGGAGCCUUCAUCUACAACACCCUGAUUGAGUUCAUCAGAGGUGAGUACAGGAAGAGGGGCUUCCAGGAGGUUGUGACUCCCAAUAUCUACAACAGCAAACUCUGGCAGACAUCUGGGCAUUGGCAGCACUACAGCGAGAACAUGUUCUCCUUCGAGGUGGAAAAGGAGAUCUUCGCUCUCAAGCCCAUGAACUGCCCUGGACACUGUUUGAUGUUUGAUCACCGGCCUCGCUCCUGGAGAGAGCUGCCUUUUCGCAUGGCCGACUUUGGUGUCCUGCACAGGAACGAGCUGUCAGGAGCUCUGACUGGCCUCACCCGUGUCCGCCGCUUCCAGCAGGACGAUGCUCACAUCUUCUGCUCCAUGGACCAGAUUGAGUCGGAGAUCAAGGGAUGCCUGGACUUCCUGCGGACUGUUUAUGAUGUCUUUGGCUUCAGUUUUAAACUCAACCUUUCCACGAGACCAGAGAAGUUCCUGGGAGACCCAGAGGUCUGGGACCAAGCAGAGAAGCAACUGGAGAAUAGCUUGAAUGAAUUCGGAGAGAAAUGGGUUCUAAACCCAGGUGACGGAGCUUUCUACGGACCCAAGAUCGACAUUCAGAUCAAGGAUGCCAUUGGUCGAUACCAUCAGUGCGCUACUAUUCAGCUCGAUUUCCAGCUCCCGAUCCGCUUUAACCUCACAUUUGUCAGCCAUGAUGGUGACGACAAGAAGAGACCUGUGAUCAUCCACAGAGCGAUCCUGGGAUCAGUAGAGAGGAUGAUCGCUAUUCUCACUGAAAACUACGGGGGCAAAUGGCCUCUGUGGCUCUCUCCUCGUCAAGUGAUGGUUGUACCCGUGGGACCAACCUGUGAAGAGUAUGCUGAGAAAAUCAAGCAGGAAUUCCACAGCAGCGGACUCAUGACUGACGUGGAUCUCGACCCCAGCUGCACCCUGAACAAAAAGAUCAGAAAUGCACAGUUGGCGCAGUAUAACUUCAUCCUGGUGGUGGGAGAGAAGGAGAAGACGAGCAACACAGUGAACGUACGCACCCGAGACAACAAAGUCCACGGCGAGCACAGUGUGGAGGAGUGCAUCAAGCGCCUCAAACAGCUCAAGACCUCCAGGUGUCGGAACGCCGAAGAAGAAUUCUAAGAAAUCAAAAAACAGUUCCUUGAGUAACAUGAGGGUAAAAGGUUGAAAUGUGUUUUUGAUAGGGAAUAAAACUGCCUUCAAUGUUUUGUCUUUGCUCUUCUUAAAUGAUUUUUCUGGUAUCUUCCUUUUGCUAUUUUAUAUCACAGUUUUUGGUUGUCAAAUCACAUCGUUAGUAUGAUUUUUCCUAUUCAUUGUUCUUAGACAAAAUCCAGCUAGUGGGACUGUAAUGUGGGGAUGUCUUUGAAAGGUUUUCAGAACACUGCUAUGAAUAAACCAGAGAACAUUUUCCAAAUGUAAUGAAAAGAAGAGGAUGAAAUGGCUUGUACCUCAACUGUCAGUGUGUAUCACUCAUUUCUUCAGGGAAUUGUACUUUAGUUAAAAUUUUGAUAAUUAAAUCAUCUAUCCUCGACA